GUAAUGGACGACAAAGAGAAGAUCGAGGUAAUGAAGGCAACGGUACACUUACUUCUAGACCAGGACGUCACAAUUCAUCGGAUGAACGACGAGGGGAAGAUAGAGGUGAUCAUGGAUCUCCUCCAUCUCCAGGCAGUGGUUCAUCAAAUGGACGACAAAACAAUAAUGGAGGCAACGGUACAAUUAAUUCUAGACCAGGACGUCACAAUUCAUCGGAUGAACGACGAGGGGAAGAUCGAGGCAGUGGUUCAUCAAAUGGACGACAAAUCAAUAAUGGAGGCAACGGUAGAAUUACUUCUAGACCAGGACGUCACAAUUCAUCGGAUGACCGACGAGGGGAAGAUCGAGGAAGUGGUUCAUCAAAUGCACGACAAAACAAUAAUGGAGGCAACGGUACAAUUAAUUCUAGACCAGGAGGUCACAAUUCAUCGGAUGACCGACGAGGGGAAGAUCGAGGCAGUG